CAUCACCGGUACCUAGCGGACGAUUCCAUAGAACAGACCCUCGAGAGAGCCGAUUAUUCGUUGAUCUUCUUCUAUUCCGAGACUUGUCAGUACUGCCAGAUAUUCAACCCCACGUUUGACUACGUCAGUGUUCUUUUCAACACCCCAGAUGCAAGCUCGUGGGAAAAGCCUCUGUCGACAAAACUCCCGUUCCAGGUGUUGAAGACCAACGGCAACUCGGAAUCCAGGCUUACCCAAUUGUUUCUGGUGGCCUCAUUCCCCACAUUGAAGCUCUUGAACUACAACACAAUGGAGAUUAUUUCAUACAACUACAAUGACCGAGAACUCGCAACGGUAAUGGGGUUCAUCGCCGACAAUGUUCCGCAGGCAGUGCCCAACUACGACAAUUUUCGCUCCCCAGUGGUUGAUUUCAGCUCUACCACAGCCGAGGGUAUCUUGGCACAGCCUGCCACGCUUAUUGUUUUUAUAACGUCCUACUUGAAGGACUGGAAGGAGUACCAAUACCCUACCCAUUUCUUCCAGCAGCUUGCUGCCGGAGACAAGUUUUCUGGGGUCAAAUUUGGUGUGGUGGACGUGAGUGAGUCGACCAGCGACAUUGUGACAUCCUUCAGAGUGAGCACCUAUCCUUCGUUGAUGUACGUAGGCGAAAACGGCAGCUUCAAGACCUGGAAGACCCAGUCGCAGAGCCACUUGACCAACGAUCAGCUUGCAGAAGCCGAAAUCGUCCUGUUUCUCGCAGAUUUG